CUAAAAAAAGUGAUUUCCGACCGGAAUUUCACAACGUUGUCAAUCACAUGUUAACGAUAGAUGAGUUUGAAGAAGGUUGGAAGUACCUCAUAGAGAAAUACAACUUGAAAAAUCACGAUUACAUGACCAACUUGUACGAGAUACGUCACAAAUGGGCAAAGCCAUUUUUCAAGGGUGUAUUCUGUGCAAAGAUGAUUAGUACCCAACGGAGUGAAAGCGCAAACCAAAUGUUGAAGAACUACGUGCCUCCUGGAUGCCCAAUGCAUAUGUUUGUUAGGAAGUAUAUGAGUUUAAUCUUUGACAGGGAGUCCGAGGAAAAUUACGAGGAGAAGCGGACAGCAAUCGGGAGGCCGCUUAUGCGAGCUAAUAUGGCAACCGAAAGGCAUGCUGGGCAGAUAUACACCAGAGCCAUGUUUGAACAAUUCGGUCAUAUACUGUACGAGUGUGGUGCAUAUCAAGUGGAAGAGAUCGAAAAGGGUAAAGAGUAUGUUGCAAUACAUACAGAUGCUGCGCGGAGGGAGAAAUGGUGCAGAACUUCAUACAAGGUGUCUGUGCUUGAUGGAGGAGAAGAAUUUGACUGCGAGUGUGGUCAGUUUGCACACAUGGGGCUGUUGUGCAGCCAUAUACUGCAGGUGCUUGACUUCAUUCGUGUGACAGAAAUACCAAAGAAGCAUAUUGUGAAAAGGUGGACAAGGGAUGCAAGAGACAUACUUCCAACACACCUGGUGCAGUACCAGAAGGACAAUGCUCAAGAGAACCCAUUUAGUUUCCGGCACUACAAUAUGUACAUGCAAGCUAUGGAGCUUGUCCGGAUGGGGGACUCAAGUGUGGCAGCUUACAAACGUGUGGCAGCUUGCCCAUGAUGAAUUAACACUUUU